AACCCCAAAAACCCCCAUUUAUAUUCUUCGACACAAUUAAUUUGCUCCCACCAGGAAACUUCAUCAUCUUCCUCAGUCAAUUAACAAAGUCUCAGUUUCUUCUCAUCUUCUGCUCUCGCCAACAUGCCGAAUUUAAUAUUAUUAUGACUUCAUCGUUAAUGUGUGAACAAGUUUAAUACCAACAAGCAAUUUCCAAACAAACCAACCUUUUCCAAAUCACCUCAAUUUCUCCAUUUUUUAAUUCUUCUUACUAAAAUCCCACAACAAUAAUCAAUUUCAAUCAUCUUCAUCACUCUCAACUUGAUCAUUGAUCAUCACCAUGGAGUUCUUCAACACCGCCAAGGCCGUGAAGCUCCGCAGCCACCUCGACAAGUACCUCGUCGCCGACGACAAUCAAGAGUCCGUGCGCCAGAGCCGUAACGGCGACUCCCGAAAAGCCCGCUGGACAGUCGAGCUCGUCGACAACAAAUCCCACGUCGUCCGCCUCAAGAGCUGUCACGGCCUUUACCUCGCCGCAGCCGACUACCCCUUCCUCCUCGGCAUGACAGGCAAAAAAGUGCUCCAGGCGGAAGCCGACAAGAGCAUGGACUUCAAGUUCGAGUGGGAGCCCAUACGCGACGGCUUUCAGCUCAAGCUUCGGACGUGGUGCGGCAAGUACUUGCGCGCCAACGGUGGGCCGCCGCCAUGGAGGAACGCGGUCACUCACGACGACCCUACCACGUCCUCCACCCAGAACUGGAUUUUGUGGGACGUCACCGAAGCCGAGGUCCCGGCGUCCGAGUCUCUCACGGAUUUUUUACUGUCGCAGCAGUCGAGUUUCUCGUCGUUUUCUGAUGAGCUUAACGGGUCGGAGUACGGGUCGCCCGUUUCCGUUUUUUCGACAAAGUCGCCUAGGCUGCUGUCUCCGAAACCGUCUUCAAAUAAACUCACUAAGCAGACCAAUUCGAACAAGUUCAGAAGCGCCAUGAACCUCUUCAACAACGCCAAGGCGGUGCGCCUCCGCAGCCACCACGACAAGUACCUCCUAGCCGAGGAGGACGAAGAGUCCGUGACCCAAGACCGAAACGGGUCAUCCAAGAAGGGCCGAUGGACCGUCGAGUUCGUAUCCGAAUCCGAUACCAUCAUCCGCCUCAAGAGCUGCUUCGGCAAGUACCUCACCGCCUCCAACCAGCCCUACCUGCUCGGCAUGACCGGCCGGAAAGUGCUCCAGACUCUGCCCCAGCGGCUCGACUCGUCGGUGGAGUGGGAGCCCAUCAGAGAAGGCACCCAGGUCCGGCUCCGGACCCGGUACGGCAACUUCCUUCGAGCCAAUGGGGGACUGCCGCCGUGGCGCAACUCGGUGACCCACGACAUUCCUCACAGAACCGCCACUCAAGAUUGGGUUUUGUGGGAUGUGGAUAUCGUCGAGAUUCAUAUUCAGUCUCCGGUGCAUAAACCCUCGGCCCCACCGCCUCUUCCCCAUUCCGAUUCCCUGGAAUUCGAUUCCAGCUCUCCCUCUUCUGUUUCGAUCAAAUCCGACCAUUUUUCCAGACAAGAGUCUAGUGAUUCUUAUUCUGAGUCGCCACCAAAGUCGGAGGGGAGGACGAUAUAUUACCAUAUAGCUGAAGAUAAUGGUGAUGUGGACGAUGGAACAGCGCAGGGUUACCCUGUGACCUUCAAAGGAAAUGGGGUUGAUGAGUUGACUCGUAAACUGGAGGAAGAGACAGGGAUUGAGGGUCUCAUUGUUUGUGCUCGAAGCCCUUUGAAUCGCCAGCUCUUUCCCCUUCGCUUGCAGCUUCCCCCAAACAAUGUCACUAUGCAGGUUGUUCUGGUGCCGUCAGAUUCAAAAGUUGGGCAAUCUCUUGCAAAACAAGGUUUAUUAUAGGAGGGGGAGGUAUCAAAUGGAAAUCAAAGUUUUGGUCAGGCUACUGCGUCUUCUGUAGAUAUGGAUUAAGACUUGUUUGUAUGUUAAAGCUUAAAAGGAUUCGAAUCAAAGAGAAUGGUGGGAAAGCCCUUUCUUUAGUUGAUGUCGUUGGCUAUGGUGGAAGGACAUAUGCUAACGUUGUUGCCUUGAACUUGAAAUGUAUGAAUUCAUGGCUUUGUUCCUCCUCCUGCUGCCAGUUCUUCCUGUAACAAUUAUUUCUGGAUUUAAUCAUUUAUUUAUUUAUUUAAGUAA